AUGGCGUGGCCUGGCGAUCUCGCAGGUACACUUGGCUCAAACACCGCGACGAGCGACGAGGUACUCGGACACUCCUCAAACUCUCUUCAACACCACCGCGUAGAGCAGUCUUCAGCCCUCCGACUAUCUUCUGCGCCUUCCAGUCUCCCACACGGGCACCCGUCAAAGGACGCCAGCAUGGUCCAGACCCGAUCACGAUCCCGAUACGCCAGCGCAUUCACGUCACCCCCAGCACCACGCACUCCUUUGAACGGCGUAUCAGACAGAUCAUCAGGGGAACAAGAGCCGGCCGGGAGAUGCAAGAUUGAGGGGGUGCGGAGGAGGGGACAUCUGACACCUGCAGCGGACUACCAGCCGCUAAGAAAGACGUCGGAUGAUCAAAGACGCCACGCUAGAAAGGCUGGAGUAAAUGCGAAUGGCCAUACGGUCCGCUCCAGAAGGCAUGUCGUUGAGAGUCGAGAGGAUAUAGACGAUCGGUCGAGUGAUCUCAUGACAAACGAGUGCAAGCUGGAGCAGUCUGAACCAGACAGCAUCGAGCCUACGGACGAGGGAUCUGCUGCUGGUGCCUUACGAGAGAGCACCAAGAGCAGCGCAACGCUAGAGCAGAACCCCGGCGUGGCUCGGUCGGAGGGAAUGGUGUCGCUGUCGCGAAAGUCAGCAUCUUCUGGACAGGAGUGUCGUCGCAACCGAAGAGCGCAUGGUGAAGCUGAGCCGCCCACGUCCCUCCUGGACUGCGUCGUGGAUUUGCCCUGGUACAUCAAAGCCGCCGUCGCUGUGGUACUCGUUGGCCUCACUGUCGUCGGCAUUCUGGAGUUGACAGGCCAACCAGACGUCAGUAGCGGUACUACAAGCAACAGAACCAAGUCCACGCCUGCUCCCGCCAGUAGAGAGGUACUGAAACUACAACACGCCACAAACGAGACCUGUCAAGCUGUCUCUCCUCUUCUGUCUCCAUCGCCUUGGGACGAUAUGUCCAGGUCUCCGGCCGAGCUUCUGCAGCCUGUUCUCGACCUUCUCAUCCCACACACCGCUCUCGAGCAAAUGACCUUUGCCGACCUCUGCCACAGUCCGACGGUUCGUACCUCGCUUCGUGCGCCCUCUGCGACGACCGCUCUGCAUAUUGUCCCCGCUCUGGAUCGCGCGGCUAUGCUCCUGAGAUCGAACGCUGCGCGGCUGCAGCUUGCGGCCACAGACAUGGAACCGGCAAGCCAAUCCGAACCCGCGAAUCGUCGUGUUUGGGAGCCGCCUUCGAUAGCCAUAAAGAAGCGUGCGGAAGCUUUUGGCAGACUGGCCGACGCUCUCGAGUCUUUAAGGAGGGUGGUCGUGGAUACGUCCUUGCUGUAA